AUGGCUGAGGUGAAGCUCGACGAUCUAGUAGUUCAGGUAGAAGGAUUAGAUCAGGAUGAAAACAAAGCAGGCUCAGGGGCUUAUGGCUAUGUCUUUAGAGUGACUGUGAAUGGAAGACUCUGCAUUGCUAAGAAGCUCCAUAAUAUUUUGCUCCAAGAACCUUCCCAUGGACAGAAGAAGAACAUUGUAGCAAAGUUUCGCAAGGAGUGUUGCAUUUUGAGUGGCUUGGAUCACCCGAAUGUGGUCGGCUUUGUUGGCGUUCAUUACGGCCGUGAUAAGAACGACAUCAGUUUGAUAAUGGAGAGGCUUUAUUCGGACUUGGCUGAUUUCGUUGAAACAAAGCCAGACACGAAUUUCACUACUAGAAUUUGUAUUCUGUAUGAUGUAUCCAAAGGUCUUCGCUACCUUCACUCUCUGACCCCUCCCCUUAUCCAUCGUGACCUCACUGCUCCCAACAUCCUGCUCACUGAGGAUCUCACAUGCCAAGAUCGGAGACUUGGGAAUGUCCAGAUUCAUUGA